AUGGGGCGAAGUAAGCUUCCGAUUAAGAAAAUAGAGAAUGUUACCAAUAGACAGGUUACAUUCUCCAAACGCAGAUAUGGCCUCAUUAAGAAAGCUUAUGAAAUUGCAGUUUUGUGCGACAUUGAUUUAGCUUUGAUCAUGUUCUCUCCUUCUGGUCGCCUUAGCCAUUUCUCUGGUAGAAAAAGAGUCGAAGAUGUGAUUUAUCGAUAUAUUAAUCUCUCUGAUCAUGAUAGAGGAGGGAUUAUCCAGAAUAGAGAGUAUAUAAUCAACACCAUAAUGAAAAUCAAAACUGAAAAGGACGUUGAAAUACAAAGGAAAUUCAGCAAGAAAUCUCUGACUUGCAACAUCAACUUGAGAGUGCUCAAGAACUACUUAGAGAAACCUGGUGAACAAGGUGGAGCAGCAAUCAAGUUAUCAAGACACCAUACAGUGGUCCAAUACAUCAGCGAAGCACACACACAGGGAGUAAAUACCUCACUACUUGAUGAUCAUGCCAUUGACUUAAACUAUGGGAAUCAUAUGAAUACUGGCUCUGAUGCAUCUUCUGCUGCUCUAAGGGACCAGUCAUCGCCAACUAUGUAUGAAUCUGUGUCCCAAACAAGUGUGAAUGAAAAUUUGCAGAAUGCUGAAGGUUGUCACAAUAGCAACCCCAUUAGCCAUGACAGCUUUCAACAAAUGCAUCUCUCUAAAGAUUUCUUUAAUGCUCUAUUGCCUCCAGAAACCUCAGGUUAUUUGGACAAGGUUAAAAUGGAGAGUCCAAGAGAAGCGCUCGUUGCAUUAAAUCAGCAAAUUGCCAUUUCAUCGGAGUUAUUGCCUAGCCACCAGCUGUCAUCAGGUGAACUGCAUCCAUAA